GGCAGGAACUGGAUGAUCUUCAAGGUCCCUUCCAACCCAACCCAUUCUGGGAUUCUACGUUGGCGUGGAAGCCCCUGCUCUGAGCUCGUUUCACUGCACUCUGCUAAGAUUGGUGCUGGGGGGAACACCUUCCGUUUUAAUUUCAAAGACUUCUGUUAUUCUCCAUCAAAACUGAAGGGAAUCGUCUUCUUGAGCAUCUGCUGUGUGUUGUGACUGUACAUCACCAGUGACAGAUCCACACUGGAUGUAAUUCAGCACAGCGAGCAGUGUCCCAGUUGGCUGGGGAUGUCCUGUCCCACACUGGCGUCGAUGUCCUGCUCUCUCACCAGCUCAAAUGUGCUGUGAAAACAUUCUGUCAUCACACCGAGUUAUGGGAAUUCAACAAGUUAUUUUUUAACUUCGAGGCUCCUUGUGAAACGUGUUUGGAUUCAUAUGUGAUAUUCUGGCAGGAGAUGAGUUACGCUAUUUACAAGAUGAACUGUCGUGACUUAAAAACCUUGUGAAAUGACAUUUUCAUGCUAAAACAUAAUCGGAUGUAGUUUAGAACUACCCAUGGGAGUAAAGAAAAAAAAAAUCAACAACUGGACUUUAAAGAAGUAAUUUUGCUUUCUGAGUCCUUUACCAUGCACCUGUGCACAAAUAGACAACAGCUGAUGAGUUCUUGGCAUCAAAAGCUUCCACUUUGGUCACUAUAAAGGAAACCACAAAAACUCAAGAGUUUGAUAACCCACUGUGAAGUAAGAAGCAAAUAAGAGAGUUCCAAAACCAUUGCCAAUGCCUUGGGCUUUGAAAAUUUUAAGCAGUUGAUUUAUUAAUAAAAAAUGCUAUUUUCACAUUAGCUGUACUUUUUUUUUUCCUUCUGGAUUUUAUAAUCCUUCUUUACCAAUCUACCAUAAAGUAAUUUGUGCAGAGGUUUAACAAAUUCCCAGAUGGUGAUUUUAAUUUGCCACUAGGUAGCCCAAACUGUGGUGAAUUCACUGAUUCAGUUCUAUAUGUCGUGGAAACAAGAGUGACCCUGCUGUCAUGAGAAGCCUGCUCAUGAGACCACGAAGUUUUCAUGGUGUUGUGCUACUACCAGGGGCAGACAUGAGGCCUUUCUUUGUGGUAUCUCUCCUCUUUGGCCUGACUUUCGGACAAACAGCCUCACUCUGUGCUCCUUCUGAGUACACAAUCCACGUGGAAAAACGGGAAUGUGCCUAUUGCCUGGCCAUCAACACCACCAUCUGCGCCGGAUUCUGCAUGACUCGGGACAGCAAUGGCAAGAAGCUGCUGCUCAAGAGUGCUCUGUCCCAGAACGUGUGCACGUACAAAGAGAUGUCGUACCAGACAGCGCUGAUCCCGGGCUGCCCUCACCACACCGUCCCCUACUACUCCUACCCCGUGGCUUUGAGCUGCAAGUGUGGCAAGUGCAACACUGACUACAGUGACUGUGUCAGGGAGAGGGUCAGGACCAACUACUGCACUAAGCCACAGAAGCUCUGUACCAUGUAAAGCUUCCAGAGGAGCGUGGGUGAGAUGUGCUGCUCUGCUCAUGACUAAACAGAAAUAAAAGCCUGUUUCGUAUUAGGUUUGCAAA